AUGUUUUCGUUUCAAUCUUUGAGUUCAACUUCCUCCAGCAGCAGCAUCAACACGAGUUUGAUCAGCAACAAUACUAGUAGCAAUAGCAACAAUAAUUACAUUAGAUGCUCUCAAAUAUUGGAACAUAUUCAUCAGCAACAAAACCGAAACUCGGGAAGAAAGUCUUCGUUUUUGAAAAACUUUAUUCCUUCAUCAACACUUUCUUCCGAAGAGAACCCAACAUUGUACGAUCCAAAUACAAUAUCCAUUCAUCGUGUACAACAUGUGUCGGGCCACUUGGCUGUGCAUUUAUUUAAUGGAAGGAUGAUUAUUGGUCUCGAUUAUAUUUCGGUUUCAAAAUUGAAUAACAGUCAUUCUCAAGACCAAUUAUAUUUGAAUUUAUUAGAAGCAAUUAAGAAUUUUGUCGACUCCAAAUUCAAUGCACAUGACACGACUUUGAGCCCAAUCCUCUAUUGUUGUGAUAAAGAUCCUUUUGUUUAUAGUGAUUUUGAAAUCAGAGAAGAAACAGCAGAACAAUCAAGUGGAUAUAAUUUUGGAAAUAAUUUUGUGAGAGAUUUGCGCGUGGUUCGAUAUAUUACAAUUUCUAAAACCGGCAAUGUUGUGGUGUGGAGAUAUUAUGAAGAUAAUUCCACUUGGAAGGUCGAGAAUACUUUUAAUAUUAUAGGGAAUAGCUCCAGUCUCAAAGUGGAGUUUGUGACUGUGGUUGCGGAUAGAAAUAUCUUAUUUAGGACGAACAGUCCAUCAGAAAAGAAUGCCUUGAAUAUAUACUCUUCUUCUGGUAGCCAUUGUGUGGUUUUUAAUGAUAGCAGCGAUAACUCUGAACAUGUUAUUUAUUCUAUUUUACAAUCAUCACAUAGUAUGAGCAAAUCGAAUAUUUUGUUAAUUUCACAAAAUGAAAUAAUACUCUUUGAUUUAAAGAAUAAGAAGACAUUAUCAAAAAUUGAAAAUGUUUUCAAAUUUAAUGAUAUCUCAAGUAAUUCUGACACGCAACAACAAUCAGGUGCAGAUUCACUAUUUUAUAUUGGACUAGUCAUUCAUCCAAUAACGAAAGAAAUUAUUAUGAUGGAUACUAACUUUAAUAUCAUUAUUUAUUCAAGUGAGCUGUCACACUCAAAGAAAUUAACUAUCAACAAGUUUAGUCUCAAAAAAGAGAAUAUUCCGAAAAUAGAUAUGGCACUAAUUUACAACAUGUUUCUUGCUGUUUAUGAUGGAAACUCCAAUAUUUAUAUCAUUGAUCUAGCGAAUGGAUGUGUAAUUUCGAAUUUAACUCUUCCCAGCGACAUGACGAAUUACAAAUCCAGUGGAAAUUUUGCUAGAUUUUUUGGAAAUGCUACCCAAUACUCUUGCAAUAGCGAGCCUUCUACAUUGUAUCUUCAUGAUAGCUCACUAAUCUAUGAAUUACGCUGUCCUCCUCUACUUGAUAUUAUCAGGAACAGCAUCACUGGCUCUUCUUCUGCGAGUUGUAUCACCUCUAGCUCGUCUUCACAGACAUUUAACCAUUUACUUAAAGACUUUAAACUGUUUAACAUUUACACAAGAAACAUUUUGGAAGAAAUUCACAACAAUAGUAGCGGCACCCACAAAUUGAAUCAUGCAUCUUCUUCAACUAUUGAUCUGAGAAAAUCAAUUUUACCACAUUUGGAAAACCCAGCAUUGAUUUGGACAAGCUGCAGCACUGUGCACGAGCAAGAAGCUUUUCUAAACGAAUGUGAACAGUUUAUCGAUAAUUUUCCAUCCAAGGACUCGAAAUUUUGGAAAAAGCCAACAUCCAGUUCUUCAACAGGUGAAAAUUGGGAGAGUUCCUCCGUACCUUCUCCGUUAUCGCCUUCGUUAUCUCCCUCAUCAAGUAAGACAAGCCCAACAAUGGGUGGAUCUUCCCCUUCCGCAUCCUCCUCCAAUCAGUUGUUUACUAAAAUGACUACAUUGAAUAUGAGUAUUGUUCCUCCGCUAACCUCUUCCCUAUCUAUUUGUAAGGAACAAAUAGGAAACCUCGAUGUGAAACAAGCAGUUGCUUCCUUAGAAUGCAACGAUCACCAGGGAGAUAGUACAAAGCAACUUGAUGUCAAAACUAGCACAUUUAUGGACAAUCUGACGGAUAUCGAGCUUUACGACAUGAUUGAAAAUGAUCCACAAGCAGUUUUGGAUUAUUUACUUGAUGUUUGUGAUCUUUCUAUUUUCAAGAGUAUUAUACACCAAUAUUCCAUGGAAGAAAACAUAGAUGAGAGAAGUGACAGCAGCAAAAUUUAUGGUAUUUCCAUUCCUGGAGCCUCUGAUUCCAACAUUAGACCUAUCACAACAUUUGUAAACUUAUUUGAGCAAAAUUUUGAGGAUUCUAUUAGCCCCUUAGAAUUGUACAAAGUUGAGGAGAACAGAAAUGAAGAUUUUGUGGUUUAUCAAAAUAAGGUCACAACUGCACUUGAACCAAAGCGAAAUACGAAUCAUACUAGAAAGGGUUUACUCUAUUUUGAAAUGGUCAUUCGAUUACUCUUUUUCCAUACCAAAUGUCCUCAAAUUAUUUUGGUUUUGAUUGUCAUGAUGGAAGAGCACAAAUUGAAACAAUUCAACGCUCGAAGAGAUCAACUAAAAUCUGAAAUUGAUCAAUUGGUCAAGAAGAAGCAAUCAUCAAGCUCUUCACUCUCAUCCUUGACAGGAGGAAAAAACUAUCAAUUGGAACAAUUUAACUUGCAAAGUUUACAGAAUGAGUACAAUGAACUUUCACGAAAGUUGAAACAAAACAAUAUGAAGGCAAAAUAUAGCAAGGAAAUUCAAAGAAUACUCACCUCCUAUGUCGACUUGUUCGAUAGUGAGCAGCUUCAACCAUUCAUGGAGAUCGCUUCAAGAUUUUCAGAUAUUCAAGUGAAAACCAUGGCACAAGUUUUUAUAUGGCAAGGAAAUCGACUCGAUGCACUGAGGAUCUAUCUUUCACAUGACAGUCCCAAACUUGAGGAACAAGUCAUCAAGCUCGUGUCGACCUAUCUUUCACAACAGUCAGGCAUCACGAAUGUGAGCUUGUCCAUGUCAUUAGGAGGAACAGCACCCCUUGAAGAGCAGUAUAAGGUCCUGAAUUUACUUUUCGAUUUUUGUCUCAAUCCAAAAACUAGUAAGGCGACUUCAAAGACCAAAAAUUCUCUUCUCACUUUUGCAUGGCAAAUGAUGCCCUUAUCCUACAGCGUGUUUGAUUUCUUUUCCAAAUAUGAUCGAUACAGAAUGGAAGCACAUGCGAGUAGCAGAAGCGAAAACAAGAGUGACAAGAACAAUGAAUUGUCGACACUUCCUCGUGUGUUUGUCUCGUCCGAUGUUGAUGAUUCAGAUCUUAUUGGAGAUGAUAUUGCAUUGUAUCUUCAAGGAAUUGGAUCAUUUUCAAACAUGAAAUUAAGAGCUCAACAAAUGAAAUAG